CCCACCCACCCACACAUAAUGUGUGAUAGGACGGAUAAAAGUCACGUGAUGGUGCAUUGUCAUACCCGGUAGACAGUGUGGUGUAGCUAGCUGGCUAGUUGCUGCACAUUUCAGGUUAUGACAAAACACAGAUUGGUAUUCUGAAGAUGGCUUCUUAUUUUGAUGAGCAUGACUGUGAACCAACGAAUCCCGAAGAACAAUACCGUCAGAAUGCACUACUAGAACUGGCCAGGUCUUUGAUGCAGGGCCUCGACAUUGACUCGGGAGCGUUUGACCUGUCGGACUGGGACCAGCGUCUUCCUCCCCCAGCUGCUAAAACAGCUGUCCAAACCUUACCUGUGGUUGUCAUAUCCCCAGAGCAAGCAGACAAAGGGCUGAAGUGUCCUGUGUGUCUGCUGGAGUUUGAGGAGCAGGAGACAGUGAGGGAGAUGCCCUGCAAACACCUCUUUCACUCUGGUUGUAUCCUGCCCUGGUUAGGGAAGACAAAUUCUUGCCCACUAUGCCGUCUCGAGCUACCAACCGACAAUCCAGAGUAUGAAGAGUUCAAGAAGGACAAGGACAGGAGAAAACAGAGGGAAAACAGACUGGAAGAUCUGCAUGGAGCCAUGUACACAUAACGGCUCAGAGCACACUGCUUAUUGCUGAUUUCCCCUUUCUAGCGUUGGGUCGCAAUAGAAUUAAGAAUUGACCAAAGCUGCAAAUAAUAUUAUGUAGCUAUUAUGUUUUAUCGUAUGUACUGUAAAUAUGUCAGUUUUAAAUAGUCAAUUGUACAAAGAUGCAUUUUGUGAUUCAAAUUAUGGAUGAUCAUUAUACAAUGAAAGGAAUACUGAGACAGUUGAGUCUGUUUGAACUCUCUACAUUCACUGCCUUAACACAUCAUAGCAUUUCUUCCUUUUCCCCAAGAUGCAAUACAUUGACCAAAACAGAUGAUUAAAUGGCUUUUCAUGGCAUGUUUUGUUGGCCUCACAAUAUUUAUCAGACUUUAAAUUCAAUCUGUUUAUAGUGAUGCUUGCUUUGGCAUCAUCAUUAAAGGCCCAGUGCAGUCAAUUCUG